CAGUGGAUCCUCCGCUCGCUUCAAUGUAAUCCCGUCUCUCCCCGGCCUCACUCGCUCAGUCGUCCGCCAUGGCGACCGCAAAACGCCUCCUCUGCGGCUGCAUCUAAAACUCCUCUCGUCUCAUUUCCCCGCCACUCCCACCACCACAGCCACUGGACGUGGAUGUAAUAUCUCCUUUCUCUGCAGGAACGUACAGACUGACUUGUGUGUGUGUGGAAAAGCGCCGCAUUUGCAAAGAAGGGGUGUUUCUGCGGGCUGGGCAGUGAGCAGUGCAGGGCACCAUGGUCGAGCCAGACCCAGAACAAAUGGCCUCUGGCACAGGUCAGCGUCUUGGAGCCCCGGAGACUCUUGGCAUCAGUACGUUGGACCCCGGGCACAGACCUCCGUCCAUGCCCUCUGGGAGACAUGUUACCAUCAGGGUCCGUAUGUUGGACGACACAGAGGAGCUCUUUGACAUCUCGCAAAAAGCCUCAGGCAAGGUGCUGUUUGACCUGGUGUGCACGCACAUGAACCUCAUUGAGGGCGAUUACUUUGGCUUGGAGUUUCAGAACCAUCAAAAGAUGAUGGUUUGGUUAGACCAUAUCAAACCCAUUAUCAAGCAGCUCAGACGACCAAAGCACACAAUCCUGAGGUUUGCUGUGAAGUUCUUCCCUCCAGACCAUGCCCAGCUGCUGGAAGAGUUGACGAGGUACCUGUUUGCGCUCCAGAUCAAACAGGAUAUUUCUUGUGGACGCCUGACCUGCAACGACAGCAGCGCCGCGCUGAUGGUCUCCUAUAUUAUCCAGUCUGAGAUUGGGGACUUUGAGGAGAGUCAUUGCCGGUCGCACCUCCUUAAUAACAGCUACAUUCCAGAUCAAAUGCCCCUGAUUGACAAGAUCAUGGAGUUUCAUUCAAAGAAUAUAGGUCAAACACCAUCAGAAUCAGAUUAUCAGUUAUUAGAAGUGGCGCGAAGGCUGGAGAUGUACGGGAUUCGCCUUCACCCCGCGAAGGAUCGCGAGGGCACGGUCUUAAGCCUCGCCGUGGCACACACCGGAGUCCUCGUCUUUCAGGGACACACAAAGAUUAACGCCUUCAACUGGUCUAAAGUUCGUAAACUGAGUUUCAAGAGGAAGCGCUUCCUCAUCAAGCUGAGACCAGAUUUAAAUAGUUCAUAUCAGGACACGCUGGAGUUUCUGAUGGGUAACAGGGACUGUUGUAAAGUCUUCUGGAAGAUCUGUGUGGAAUACCACGCCUUCUUCCGCCUCUUUGAGGAGCCGAAGCCUAAGCCCAAGCCGGUGCUCUUCACACGAGGUUCUUCCUUCAGAUUCAGUGGUCGCACACAGAAGCAGGUGAUUGAUUACGUGAAGGAGUCCGAGUUUAAAAAGAUCCCAUUUGAAAGGAAACACAGUCGGGUCCAACACAACAGCCGCCUGUCGCCGCUGCCUUCUCCACGUCACCAUGAAGUGCCAACAGAAAGAUGUGCUCCCAGGGACAGAGUCGACUCCCCUCCUCAGCAUCAUUGGAAAGAGUCGGUGUUGGUGAGUGCAGAAGACCCCUCUGCCUCGAGGACAACGAGAGCAAGCCCCUCCCACCAGAGCAACGGCCAUGAGGGCAGAACGGGGUCUGUGUCCAGACCGGAGGAGACGAGAGGCGCAGCACGACAGACCCACCAGGAGCAUCAGAGUACAGGUGUGGUGCCCAACAGUCCUCACCUGUCCGUGUCCUCAGGACACUCCCACGGCAUGGUCAACGGUCAGAAAUCACUGGAGCUGUGCGGUCACUUUGCAGACGGCCGACAGCCUUCCCCGCUCACCAGCCCGCUGCUCAACGACGCCUGCUGCAUUCGCACCGACGACGAAGAUGAGGGUCGGAGGAAGAGGUUUCCAACAGAUCGGGCUUACUUUAUCGCCAAAGAGCUGCUGACCACGGAAAGAACGUAUCUGAAGGACCUGGAGGUGAUAACUGUGUCUUUUCAGAGUGCUGUGGGACAGGACGAAGCCACUCCGGACUCUCUGAAGAACACCAUUCACUCCACAUUCGAGCCUCUGCACAAGUUCCACACAGGCUUUCUCAGGGAGGUGGAGCAGCGGCUGGCUCUGUGGGAAGGACGUUCCAACGCUCACAUCAAAGGAGACUACCAGCGCAUUGGAGAUGUCAUGCUGAAGAAUUUUCAAGGUUUGAAGCCGCUGACCGCAAACCUUCACAAGCAGUCUGAAGUUCUGUUGGAGCUGGAGAAGGCAUGUAGGGCAUCCCACAAGCUGGAGGGUCUCUGCAAGGACUUUGAGCUGCAAAAGGUCUGCUACAUCCCCCUCAACGUCUUCGUCCUGCGACCGCUGCACCGCCUCAUUCACUACAAGCAGAUCCUGGAGCGCCUGUGCAAACACUACCCCGCGACUCAUGUGGACUUCAGGGACUGCAGAGCUGCUCUGGCAGACGUGUCUGAGGUGGUGGAGCAGCUCCAGGGAAGCCUCGUCAAGAUGGAGAACUUUCAGAAACUCCUGGAGUUGAAGAAGGAUUUGAUUGGCGUCGACAAUCUUGUCGUUCCUGGUCGGGAGUUCAUCAGGUUAGGUUGCCUCAGCAAACUGUCUGGGAAAGGCCUUCAGCAACGAAUGUUUUUUCUGUUUAGUGAUGUGAUUUUGUACACGAGUCGAGGGAUGACGGCAACCAAUCAGUUCAAAGUGCACGGGCAGCUGCCGCUCCAUGGCAUGACAAUCAGGGAGAGUGAAGACGAGUGGGGUGUGCCUCACGCCUUCACGCUGGUUGGACAGCGGCAGUCGGUGGUGGUGGCAGCAAGUUCCCUAACAGAGAUGGAGAAGUGGAUGGAGGACAUAAAGAUGGCGAUAGAGACGGCAAAAACCAGCAACGGGCCUUCAUCUGACCUGCUGACCAACAAUCUCACAGACAAUAAAUGCCUUGAGGACUCCUCGGUGGAGGCGGAGUCCGAGGACGACACGGCCGCGUCGCACACCGUGCCGGAGAGGCCCGCUCCUCACCGCGGUAACACCAUGGUGCACGUGUGCUGGCACAGGAACACCACUGUGUCUAUGGUGGACUUUAGCGUAGCUGUGGAGAAUCAACUGUCUGGAAAUUUACUGCGGAAGUUUAAGAAUAGCAACGGCUGGCAGAAGCUCUGGGUGGUCUUCACCAACUUCAGUCUGUUUUUCUACAAGUCUCAUCAGGAUGAUUAUCCACUGGCCAGCCUUCCUCUGCUGGGUUACUCGGUCACCGUCCCCUCAGAGUCUGAGAACAUCCACAAGGACUACGUCUUCAAACUGCAUUUCAAGUCCCACGUCUAUUAUUUCCGAACGGAGAGUGAAUAUACGUUUGAGAGGUGGAUGGAGGUCAUCCACAGUGCCACGGUCCCCUCCGGUCGCACUCGUGUGCUGAACAACAAAGAGUCUUACCCUCACUGAGGUGACUCGUUCCCACAUGCCGUCUCCUUCAGGUGGCUGCCGCUCUUCCCGUCUCCCUUUGGACUCUUUUACCUUUUCUUUUCUACAUCUACAGUAUCUGGGACAUUUGUACAUGUGUCCAUGCACAUUUUUGGUGCUUUUUAAUGCUUUAAUGGUGACAUGUCCGCUGGUUUAGACUGCAUCAGAGACUGCAUUUUUUGACAUUUUUACUCUCAACUCGGAAACCUCUUUUUAAGGAUGUCAUUUUAUACUGUUUUCUAAUGGUCUGAACCACUUCCUGUUUCUCUGAUUUCACAAUAAUUUGCCACCGGUUGUUUUUAACAGCACGAACAUGUUAGAUAUAGAUACUCGACAUUCUUUCAAAGAUGGUCAAACUCUCACUGCAUCAUCAUGUUUCUUUCGUCUACUUCUUGAUAUCAUGGAAAUCCCCUCAACUUCAGUGCCAAACUGGUUUAUAUCAGCAUUCUGGAAUUUUUUAUGUUAUUUUUUUACACUGGGGAUAAGGAGCGUCUCCUAUGCUAUAUACCAUGGACUUUUUUUUAAUUAGGUUAAAAAAGGCCACCUUAUAAAAGGUCAAAGCUCUGUUCACACCUGGACCAGCACAACGUGUACUUGUUAAAAAGAAGAUGAUGAAAAAUAUGAAAAUAUUUUGUUGUAUUACUGACUAGGAUUGAUCACAAUGUGGCCAGAGGUAGCUGCCAUCACCACUAAUGCCAUUUCAUGUAAAUGUUCUAUCUGAAUGUUUGCUUUAUGAAUGCAUUUCAUUUUUUGUUUUUGUUUUUAUGAAUCUGCGGUAUGGAAAAUGUGAUAAAAUGUUCAUAAUCCUAUUGUGGAGAUAAGUUUAAUUGAAAGCUUUAAAGAACUUUCAGUUCUAAGCGCUGUCACCCUCACUAAACAAGGCUGCUUCCUGUAAAAAAAGAAAAAAGAAAAAAAGAAGUUAUUUUAUGGGUUUAAAUGACUAGAAAUAUGCAUUUGUCAUGGUUUUUGCAGUGAAGUGAAUGAACUGGAGGGGGGGAAAAAAACUCAGUUCUACUUAGAAAUGCAGCUUAUUUUCCAGACAACAGAGAGCUCUUUGGAAAUGAAAGCAAUAAAACACAUAUUCUGACUUUGA